AACACAGCGCAGGGAGGGACUGUCUGGGUGAUGUGGAUGUAGACUAUUGAACUGAACGUCCAUCCUCUCUGUAUGACACCAUGAACCCUGCCUCGGGCGGCGCUGCCGACUCCCGCAGCCAGCUAGACAAUAGCAACAGAAAGCUGCAGCAACAGCGCGCUUCCUCCCCGGCUGGCGGCAAAGACAUUGGAUCUAAAGAGACACCGAAAAGCAGCACUCCGUCAAAGAUCAUCACGUCAAAGCAGUGCGGAGGAGGGAGAGGCAACCGCGGCAGCUCCCCGGUCUCCACGGCAACCAGCAAAGACAGACUGUCUUCUUCUUCCAAAGGCGCGGCAAGCGCGGCAGGCGCGGCCACUGUCCAGUCCGAUGGUGCUGAAAUCCAUACGUUGACCAGGGCGGCGGCGGCGGCUGGGAGCGGCAGAGGAGCGGCAGAGGAGCGCAGUAGUCCGUCUGAAGACUCGCGUUGUACUGAUAUAUCGUGUUUGAAGGGGGAUACAACACGGGUUGUUUCUGAUCAGCCUUGUUCAUCUAAAUCUCCUAAAUUGAAGAACAAUAACCCGAGAGGAGGGGGAGGAGAAGGCGAGGCUAGCAGCACAGCGACCGGAAACAAAAAGAGCUCCGGCAAGAGCAGUGUGGGCUGCGGUCCUGGCUUCUGGAGAGAGGGAUGUUUGCAGUCGGAGCUGAUCCAGUUUCACCUGAAUAAAAGCUUAAAGAAAGGAGGAGGAAAGAUGAAGGCGAAGACACCGUCUCCCCCGGAGCCGGUCACGGAAACGGCGGACCCUGAGGAUCUCUCCCCUGAGGCCAUCGUUAACGAGCCCGAACCGGUACCUGAGCCCGACCAGCUAUUUCAGGAGGAGAUAGAGAAACUAGAGGAUGAAAACGAUGAACUAAAGACUGAGAUAGAGGAGAUGAGAGCGGAGAUGGACGAGAUGAGAGACACGUUCUACGAAGAGGACGCCUGCCAGCUGCAGGACAUGCGUCGCGAGCUGGAGCGAGCCAAUAAGAACUGCCGGAUUCUCCAGUACCGUCUGAGGAAGGCGGAGAGGAAGAGGAUGCGGUUUGCUCAGACCGGAGAGGUAGAUGGAGAGCUACUGAGGGCCCUGGAGCAGGACUUGAAGGUAGCGAAGGACGUGUCAGUGCGUCUGCACCAUGAGUUGGAGAAUGUGGAGGAGAAAAGGACGAAGACGGAGGAGGAGAACGAGAAACUAAGGCAAAAGCUGAUAGAGGUGGAGGUGACCAAACAGGCCCUGCAAAACCAACUGGAGAAGGCCAAGGAGCUGUCACUGAAGAGGAGAGGAGGCAGGGAUGUUCAGAAGGACAAAAGGAUUCCACAGACUCCAAUAGAGGAGGACAACGAAGAUCUGAAAUGCCAGCUAGCCUUCAUCAAGGAGGAAGCCAUUUUAAUGAGGAAAAAAAUGGCUAAAAUUGACAAGGAGAAGGACCGGCUGGAACACGAGCUGCAGAAGUACCGCUCUUUCUACGGGGAUGUGGACAGCCCUGGGCCCAAGGGAGAGGCUGGAGGACCAGCCACCACCCGAGAGUCAGAGCUGAAACUGAGACUGAGACUGGUGGAGGAGGAAGCCAACAUCCUGGGGAGGAAGAUCGUAGAGCUGGAGGUGGAGAAUAGAGGACUGAAGGCUGAACUGGAGGACAUGAGAGACAGGGAUGAGGUGGCAGGAGGCUCGGCUGAGCAUGGCUGCAGCAGGGAGCAGGGAGAGGAACUCAGGGAGCUGAGACAGCAGCUACAGCUGGUGGAGGACGAGGCAGAGCUACUUAGGAGGAACCUACAGGACGCAGAGGAGGACAACAACAAGGUGACGGGGGAGCUGAACAAGCUGAAGUACAAGGAGGGCUCCAGGCACGGCGCCGGGGGUGGAGGGGGUGGCGCCGCGGCGGCUGCAGACCGGGCCAAGGUGGAGGUCCUGCAGGAGGAACUAAAGGCUGCCAGGCUGCAGAUCAACGAGCUGAGUGGCAAGGUGAUGCAGAUGCAGUAUGAGAACCGGGUCCUGCUGUCCAACAUGCAGCGCUACGACCUGGCGUCACACCUGGGCAUCAGGGCCAGCCCCCGGGAAAGUGACGCAGAGAGUGACGGAGGAGAUGACGCCUCCACCUCAUCGCGCUUCCCACCCCACCGUAAACGAGAAGGCCCCAUCGGAGGGGAGAGCGACUCGGACGAGGUGCGUAACAUCCGGUGCCUGACCCCAACCCGCACCCUCUACUCCCCCGAGGGCCGUUUCCUCCCUCGCAGCCUGAAGGACCGGCAGCAGAUGGUAGACAUCCGUAUAGAAGCAGAGCGGCUGGGCCGGACCGUCGACAGGCUGAUAGCAGACACCGGCACCAUCAUGGCUGAGGCCCGGGUCUAUAUGGUCUCCAACGGGGAGCUUUACGAGGAGGAAGGGAGCACCGUCAGGGAGCACGAGUUGUUGUACAGGAUCACCGCUCAGAUGAAGGCCUUCAGGAAGGAGCUGCAGGGUUUUAUAGACAGACUGGAUGUCCCCAAGCCAGAGGACAAAGAAGAGGAGGAACCACUGUCUAUGUUUCAGCCCAUCAUUCUGCUCAUCCUCAUCCUCGUCCUGUUCUCUUCACUCUCCUACACCACCAUCUUCAAACUCGUCUUCCUCUUCACUCUCUUCUUCGUCCUGUAACGUCCGUCUCACUUUGACAUUUGACACAUAUUUUUUUUUAGUCAUAUUUUUUAUUUUUUUGUUUUAUUUUUUAUUUUGGAAUAUUCCCAUCUAAGGUCACAAGUGAUACGGGACACUAUUCCACGUUUCAGCAGUUACUAUUUACAAGCUUUCAACACACACUGGAGGAGACCACACACCUCUGGGGCUGAGACACUGGAGAAGACACCACACACCUCUGGGGCUGAGACACUGGAGAAGACACCACACCUCUGGGGCUGAGACACUGGAGAAGACACCACACCUCUGGGGCUGAGACACUGGAGAAGACA